UGCGCCAUGGGCUUAUUACACAGUGCGCUUAAACUUGUGUUGUGGAGGAGGAUGGGGUAUUAUUAUCUUCCAGCUACCCACCCUGCUAUAAAAACUAGUGGUGCGACAUCUCCACAGCGCAGUGCUGCUGCCCUCCCUCCCUUCCUCUCACUCUCUCGCUCGUCCUACAUGAGCCACACACAACAGUGAGCCUGACUCUUAACUCCACACUCGCCACUCUGCUACACAGACAGACCCAAGAAUCACACUCUCCUCUGCUCUGUUGCGCUGCUUUUGCUUCUCUCCAUUGGAUAUUCCUCCCCGGGUGUUUCUGGUUUUUUUUUUUUUUCUUUUUUCUCUUUUUUCUUUUUUCUUUUUUGUGAAUGGGCAUCCUCGACCGGUGUGGGGAGCUUGUGAAUGGACUGACUGCCUGGCUGACUGAUUGACGGACUGGCAAAGAGAGAGGCAGCUGUGUUUCAAUUAAAAAGAGCAAUGCUGAGAGGUCAAGCGUGGAGCAACAGAGUCUCCUGGUAGCCUGGAAAUACAAAGACGCGUGAGGGGAAUCGUGAAACUGAAGAUAAGCAGCAGAAACAGGGAGAAGACAAUGGUUCAUCACAGAGAAGAGGACCUGAUUGGGAUUCCCUUCCCGAAUCAUAGCAGCGAUGUCCUCUGCAGCCUCAAUGAGCAGCGUCGCGACGGGCUCCUCUGCGAUGUCAUCCUCAUCGUCCGUGACCAGGAGUACCGAACGCACCGCUCUGUUCUGGCCGCCUGCAGUCAGUACUUCAAAAAGCUCUUCACAGUGGCCACCACCGACGGUGGGGACCACCACCACACAGCGGCAGUGUAUGAAAUAAACUUCGUGGCUCCAGAGUCUCUCACAGCCAUCUUGGAGUUCGCUUACACGUCUACUCUGACUGUGACGGCGUCCAAUGUUAAAGAGAUCCUGAACGCAGCUCAAAUGCUGGAGAUCCCCUGCAUCAUCAACGUUUGCCUGGAGAUCAUGGACAGCGGGGGUGGCAGCGGCGGUGGCGGCGGAGGAGGAGGAGCAGGAGGGAGAGUGGAGGAAGGAGAAGAGGAUGAAGAGGAAGAGGAGGAUGCAGAGGAAGAUGAGGAGGAGGAAGAAGAAGAGGAGGAUGAAGAGGAGGACAUGGUGUCGAGAAAGGACGAACAGGAGGAGGAGGAGGACAACGCCAGCGAGAGGUCACUACAGUCGUCAGAGAGCAGGGGGGAGCAGACGCCACAAGGGGCCGAGGACUCGCCGCCUCCCAGCACGUCCACGUACCACCAGCAGUUUGAUCUGUCGUCCCAGUCACGGUCUCCGGACACCAUGAGAGGAAAGCAGGAGAGUAUGGAGAGUCGGGCUUUGAAGGAUUUCUCCAUUGAGUCUCUCCUCCAAGAGGGGCUGUACCCCCGCAUGUCAACACUGGACAGGAGGGCCAGCUUCUCCCCUCUCCUCCCAGGCUUCUACCCCUCAAUGUGGGCUGCAGAGUUCCCAGCCUUCCCCAAGCAGCUCCUGGACCCAAACCACCAUCAGCAUCCCCCUCCAGGAGCAUCACCACAGACCAGGCUCCCCCACACCUUCCCCACCUCUGCACCGCUUGAGGCCACCAGGCCCCUCGAUCUAGCUGUGAAAAGAGAGAUCAUAAAGGAGGAGAUGAAAGAGGAAGUCCCCCUCAGUCUGCUCCACGGCAACUUCCUGAAGGAUUUUGUCAGCUCGGGCCUGGGCGCCACCAUGAAUGCUGGGCCAGUGCCACCCGAGGGUCACGCUCUGGGUCCGCUUAAGGAUGAAGCUGACUUCCGGUCGUACCUGAGCUUCCUGAGCUCUGCGUCCCACCUGGGAGCCUUGUUCCCUCCCUGGCAGCUGGAGGAGGAAAGAAAGAUGAAGCCCAAAGCGUCGCAGCAGUGUCCAAUCUGCAACAAAGUCAUCCAAGGUGCUGGGAAACUGCCUCGACACAUGAGGACGCACACAGGAGAGAAACCUUACAUGUGCACUAUCUGUGAAGUACGAUUCACCAGACAAGACAAACUCAAGAUUCACAUGAGGAAGCACACAGGUGAGCGCCCCUACAUUUGCCUCCACUGCAACUCCAAGUUUGUCCACAACUACGACCUGAAGAACCAUUUGCGUAUCCACACCGGCGUCCGUCCAUACCAGUGUGAGCACUGCUACAAAAGUUUCACGCGGUCCGACCACCUACAUCGACACAUCAAGAGGCAGAGCUGUCGCAUUUCCCGCCCCCGACGGGGACGAAAGCCAGCUGCUUGGCGGUCCACACCCACCAGUAACUUCCUGUUGCCCCCCACUGCUGCCACCAACCGGUUCGAGGAGAACGGGCUAAGCACCGUAUACCAGGGAGUCAAGAAUCACGGACUUGGGGAGAUGCUCGGCCUCGGCAACAGGGGUCUGGGAUUUAAGAGUGGGGACGGUGCAGGCAGGGAAAGCAGGGAGGAAAGGCAAGCAGAGGGGAAGCACAUCACGGAGGAGGAGAAGACAGGAGCGGGGAGGCAGAGGGGAGUGUUUGCCUUCGCCCUGGCUGGAGAAGAAUUGCUUCCCCACUCUCCAUUUUUUGCUUCGACCUCUGACCCCUGGACCAUGAGACUGGACCGUGCUCCACCCAUUCCUGAGCCUGCCAAAUGAGCUGCGGUCUAUAGAAGAAAAAAAAACAAAAAGACAAGACAAAAAAAGUCUCUUUAAUAUCCGUGUCUGUUCUGCUCCAGGAAGCUAAAGCACCUUUUUUGAAAAGUGAAAGAGGGAGAUGAACCUUUUGAAGCCUACUGAUGUGGCUGCAGUAAAACAGACUUUUAUUUUAUUUUAUUUUAUCGGGAAAACACAGUCUAACUAAAUAAUUUCACAGAUGUCAUGCUGAAUAAUUGUUUCAGCCCUGUGAAUGUUUACAAAUAUUUUGAUAGCAUUGAAGAGGAGGCAAACAGUUUGACACUGCUAAUGAGAAAAACAUAUCGAAAUGCUGUCAUAUAUAUUAUUUGCAUUAUUUAUCUACAAGGCUGUCUAAAAUGCUAUUAAUUCAAAAAACUACAUAAUUCUGCAGUGCCCUCUGAGGCAAGAUGAGAUGAAGCUUUUAUACUGAAAAGUAUUCGUUUGAAACAGAAUAUAAAUCUACAUCCACCUGUUAUCGUCUAAAUAUUACAAUGUCAGAUUAGUGACUAUGAUGAAUGUACAACAAAUGAUUACAUGUACAAAAAUAAUCAAACAUUUAUUGUACAAAAAGGUUAUUAUAACUUUCCAGUCUCAUAAUGAAAGGGAAGUGGAACAGGCAUAAAUGAGUACAAACAAAUUGGUGAUUUUGUUUUUGAGGGGUUCGGGG